GUGACACACUACGAGCCUCCAGCGGAAUCCGCGGCAGGCCGAGCAGCAGGCUCGAUAUCCUCUUCAGCGGUUGAAGUGAGGGAGGCACAGGUCGUUCAGAAUGGCAUAUUCAGGAGGCAAGGCGUCUACCGUAUGAUGCCGUACGCCAAAGUCUUGAAAAGCCUGGUCGAAAGGGACUUGCCUCCUGCAUCUUCAAAUAGGUGCGAUGCUACGACUCAUACUCAUCUUGCUGCAACAGUAGCGACACCUAGCAAGAAUGUAACUUUUUACGAGCUGGAUAAGCUGAAGAAGACUACAUCAAAUAGCAACCAACAAGAAGAGCAGCUAGGAGAACAAACCGCAGAAGCACAACAUCAACGGCUUAGCUCAUCUUCUUCAUCAAUAGCAGAGACCUCCUCUUCUGCGAGCGCAAGCAGUUUCAAACCGAACAAAAAGCAAAGAAGGGGCCAGAAGCGCGUGAUGACCGUCUUGGGAUUGACGUCAACACCAGAAGUAGAAGUGCUGGAGCAACAAGUAAAAGCCGAUCCACCAAAACAACAGGUAGACUCGACGAAGGUGGGUUAUAGAUCAGAGCUCAUGCCGUCUAUAAAUAGUCCUAAGGGCCGCGCACUAGUACCAGGUGGUAUGCAAGGCGGGUCAAUUAUAGGAGCGUGAGGUGGACGCGGAGGCGGACGUGGAGGACGGGGAGCUAAGGUGAAUCUACCGCCACUAUCAUGAGUGUCACAAGCAGUUGGGCAUCUUCUUCAGGAGCAUAUUAACCUAGUUAAUCAGCCUGGUGUUGUACUGUUUGAAUGUCAAAAAUGUGCAUAAUCCUAUUUUUUUCCUGUAGGACAGA